UCUGGUCCUGGGGAAAUUUUCCUUAAAUAUACAAUAUAUAUAUCUAUAUAUAUAUUCCACACAGAAACACACUUUUGCUAGUUUUUGAAUCCAGACUAUUUUUUUCCUCUGCGUUAACGGAUGUGAGGCGGUUGGACCGAGCCUCGCGUGCCAAUCCCGCGGAGUUUAGACGGUCUCUCGCGGGGGCUCUCUAGCCGUAUUGUGCGUCAUUUCCAUCGCUGCCGUUCUGUUAUUUUUCUCCUUUGAGGAAACAUGGCAACUCCCGCCGCGGUCAACCCGUCCGGUAAAGAUGGGCAGUGAGUUGCCAGGGACAGUCGGGAUGCCGGGAGCAGUUGGUUCUGGCCAGGUGAGGAUGGGAGGAGCCGUGCCAGGCCGUGGAGGCAAGAGGAGAUCAGGAGGAAUGGACUUUGAUGACGAAGAUGGAGAGGGACCUAGCAAAUUUUCAAGGUAUGAUGAUGAUCAGAUUCCUGGUGGGGAUAAGGAGAAAUACGCCAGAGAGAACCACAGUGAGAUUGAGCGUCGCCGGCGCAACAAAAUGACCCAGUACAUCACUGAGCUGUCAGACAUGGUCCCUACCUGCAGCGCCCUAGCCCGAAAACCUGAUAAGCUGACCAUCCUGCGUAUGGCUGUCUCCCAUAUGAAAUCCAUGAGGGGCACUGGGAACACGUCCACUGAUGGGGCCUACAAGCCCUCCUUUCUCACUGAACAGGAACUGAAGCAUCUGAUCCUGGAGGCGGCAGAUGGCUUCCUGUUUGUGGUUGCUGCAGAGACGGGCCGGGUAAUCUAUGUGUCGGACUCGGUGACGCCAGUGCUAAACCAGCCCCAGUCAGAGUGGUUUGGCAGCACUCUCUACGAACAGGUCCACCCUGACGAUGUGGACAAGCUAAGGGAACAGCUUAGCACUUCAGAAAACUCCAUGACAGGAAGGAUUCUGGACCUGAAGACGGGAACAGUUAAGAAGGAGGGACAGCAGUCCUCCAUGAGGAUGUGCAUGGGCUCCCGACGCUCCUUCAUCUGUCGCAUGAGGUGCGGCAGUGCUCCUCUGGAUCACAUCUCCCUAAACCGUCUAUCUAACAUGAGGAAGAGAUACAGGAAUGGCCUUGGACCCUCAAAAGAAGGAGAAGCUCAGUACUCUGUGGUGCAUUGCACUGGGUACAUCAAAGCCUGGCCCCCUGCAGGCAUGACAAUACCAGAAGAAGACACAGAGGCAGGUCAGACUGGAAAAUACUGCCUAGUGGCCAUUGGAAGACUGCAGGUGACCAGCUCACCAGUCUCUAUGGAUAUGAACGGUCUGUCGGUGCCCACAGAGUUCCUGUCACGCCACAACUCGGAUGGUGUCAUCACUUUCGUUGACCCUCGCUGUAUAAACGUCAUUGGUUAUCAGCCACAGGACCUGCUGGGAAAAGAUAUUCUGGAGUUCUGUCAUCCCGAGGACCAGAGUCACCUGAGAGAAAGUUUCCAACAGGUUGUGAAAUUGAAGGGUCAGGUCCUGUCAGUGAUGUAUCGUUUCCGAAUGAAGAACAGGGAGUGGAUGUUGAUCAGAACAAGCAGCUUCACCUUCCAAAAUCCAUACUCUGAUGAGAUAGAGUACAUCAUCUGCACCAACACCAACGUCAAGCAGCUACAGCAGCAGCAGCAGGCAGAGCUGGAGGUUCACCAGAGAGAUGGACUGACUGCCUAUGAUCUUUCCCAGGUGCCUGUGGCCAGCGUCAGCAGUGGAGUCCAUGAGGCAGGCAAGAACAUCGACAAGACAGAAGCCCUGUUCUCCCAGGAGAGAGACCCACGCUUUGCUGAGAUGUACACUGGCAUCUCUGGCUCGGGAGAUAAGAAGAUGAUGGUUCCUUCCUCUACAGCUGGAGGACAGCAGCUCUACUCCCAGAGCUCUCCUUUCCAGCAGGGACACUCUGGAAAAACCUUCAGUUCCUCUGUGAUCCAUGUCCCCGGUGUAAAUGACAUCCAGCCAUCAGGCUCAUCUAAUCAGAAUCUAGCUCAGAUUUCCAGACAGCUCAACCCAGGCCAGGUGGCAUGGUCAGGCAACCGACCCCCAUUCUCUGGACAGUCCAGUAAAGCCCAGUCCAGUCCAUUUGGUAUUGGUUCUGGCCACAGCUACCAGACCGACCCAGCCUCAUACAGUCCCCUGUCGUCACCAGCCACCUCCUCUCCCAGCGGUAACGCCUACUCAGGACUGACAAACCGCAGCACAGCUUUUGAUGUGUCGGGGGAAAGCAGUCAGAGUGGAGCCCAGUUCCAGGGACGUCCCAGUGAGGUCUGGUCCCAGUGGCAGAACCAGCAUCACUCCCAGCAGGCCGGGGAACAGCAUACACACCCCAACCCCAGCCAGACAGAAGUCUUCCAGGACAUGUUACCCAUGGCUGGAGAUCCCACCCAGGGAACAGCCAACUACAACAUUGAGGACUUCGCUGACCUCGGCAUGUUCCCACCCUUCUCUGAUCCAGAGAAGAUGUCACUUACCUCACAGUACAAGAGGACCAAUAGGACCAAGAGACUAGUAGGUGACCAGAUACCUCCUCUGUUAAUACCUGCAGUGACUGUAGAGAGCAUCAGUUGACAACACUAUUGAUGUAACUGCAAAGAAGUCCCACCACUACCUGUUUCCACGGACACACAGUAAGAUUUAUGUGAGUGUUGAAGAUGAAGACGUCCAUCUGCCUGGUGCAGCCUCUUGCGCGCCAUCACUGACUCUGCCAAACAGCAGCGGCCAAACCUGCUGCUGUCCUCACUCUCUCCAUCAACCUUAUUGUGUAAACUAUAUGUAGUGAUGUCCAGAACUGUAGAGAAAACCCCGAUGCGAGGACAGAAGGAUUCUAUGUAUAAAUGAAAGAAAAUUUAAAAAAAAAAAAAAAAAAAAGCUCAUUGCAGACAGUUGCUAAGCUAAGGCUUAAAGUGCACUUCAUGAAGCUAACUGCUAAUCUCACCAGCCUGCUUUAAAAGGGAAAAACCGCCAUACCGUCCAAGCAAAGCGCAGUAUUUACUAGUGUAUUUGGUGUUCUUCAGCUCUCGCUACUUGACUUAAUUACUUUAUAAUCUUUUCAACUAUUAAGAGACUGAAUAAUACUUUCUAGUAGGAGCUUUUACAUGAGAGAUUGUAUAAUGUCUCUGACAGACGGAUGGGAGAACCUUGAACAGACAUCGAGUCCUUUUGCUAAAGAUCUCAAAUUGAUGUUUUUUUUUGUAAAUAAUGUGAUUUUUAUGUCGACUCGUGUUACUUUCACACAGUACAUGUUUUUUGUGUAGGUUUUAAUGAUAUUGUGUGCAAUGUGAGUACAUAUUUAACUAUUGGUAUUUAGUUAGUCUGUUAAUUGUACAUUGAGUUCUAGACCUGUACAAAUUGUGUAAAUGUGACCCAUUAUUUUUGUGUAACAAAUUGUGCUUGUGACAAUAAAUUCUUAUUGGUUACGUGGCUUCCA